CCAACCCCCCUCCCUCCACCACUACAAAUACCUCCCCAUUUCUCCCCACACCAAAACCAAAACUGAAACUAAAACAAAACUUUUCUAUACAUUUUUCAUUUCUGUAUCAAUCAAUAUUCUUUGUUUCUGCUGUUUUGAGUAAAUCACACUAAGAUGUGUGGUGGUGCAAUUCUUGCUGAUAUCAUUCCUCCUCGUGACCGCCGUUUGUCAUCCACCGACCUAUGGCCGACUGAUUUCUGGCCAAUUUCCACCCAAAAUGUUCCUCUCAACCCCAAACGAGCUCGACCCUCUACAGGUGGUGAGCAGAUGAAGAAGAGGCAAAGGAAGAAUCUUUACAGAGGGAUAAGACAACGUCCAUGGGGUAAAUGGGCUGCUGAAAUUCGUGACCCGAGAAAAGGGGUUAGGGUUUGGUUAGGUACUUUCAACACUGCUGAAGAAGCUGCAAGAGCUUAUGAUAGAGAAGCUCGUAAAAUCAGGGGUAAGAAAGCUAAAGUUAAUUUCCCCAAUGAAGAUGACGACCAUUACUGCUACAGUCAUCCAGAGCCCCCUCCCUUGAACAUUGCUUGUGAUACUACUGUUACUUACAAUCAAGAAUCAAAUAACUGUUACCCCUUUUACUCAAUCGAGAACGUUGAACCUGUUAUGGAAUUUGCAAGUUAUAAUGGAAUUGAAGAUGGAGGAGAGGAGAUGGUGAAAAAUUUGAAUAACAGGGUUGUAGAGGAAGAGGAGAAAACAGAGGAUGAAGUGCAGAUACUUUCUGAUGAGCUGAUGGCUUAUGAGUCAUUGAUGAAGUUCUAUGAAAUACCGUAUGUUGACGGGCAAUCAGUGGCGGCGACGGUGAAUCCAGCGGCGGAGACCGCCGUGGGCGGUGGCUCGAUGGAGCUUUGGAGUUUUGAUGAUGUUAGUCGUCUACAACCAAGUUAUAAUGUAGUUUAAUUAUUGUUUUGUUUAAACUUUUCAUAAUUUUAUUUUAUCGAAUUAGGAAGAAUUGAGUUUUUAUAAUUUAAUCAAUUGUGUAAAACUAUGUUUCUAAUUCAUUAAUAUUAUAUUGGAUAUGUUGUU